AUGACGCCAACCACCCUCAGCGUCGUCGUCAAAAACAACUCCAACGCCUCGCAGCUCUACGCCUACGUCACCGGCCGCGCUGCCCAGGGCCUCUUCUUCCUCUCCGCCGACGGCACCACGCCGUAUUUCCCAUCUUCACCGUCGUCCACCCUGCAGCCGCUCGCGCAAGACUGUGCCGUGGCCAUUGGCGGGCCGGGCCGGAGCCGUACGCUGACGGUGCCGCGGCUGGCCGGGGCGAGGGUCUGGUUCAGCCAGGAGUCGCCGCUGACGUUUUUGCUCAACCCGGGGCCGGCGGUGGUGGAGCCGUCGGCGACGAAUCCGGCGGACCCGAAUUACGGGAUUCGAUGGGCGUUUGCCGAGUUUACGUUGAAUGAUGUCGAGUUGUAUGUCAAUGUGUCGUAUGUUGACUUCUUUAGCGUGCCGGUGUCGUUGAGGUUGGAGAAUGGGGCUGGGAAGGUGACGAGUGUUGAGGGCAUGCCGGCGGGGGCGCUGGAUGCGAUUUGUGGCAAGUUGAAGACGCAGGCGGGCGUGGAUGGUGCGGGAUGGGACCGGCUGGUUGUUGUUCAGGGGGGAAGCGGUGGUGGACAGAACUUGCGCGCGUUGAGUCCCAACUCGGGGAGGGUCAUGUUCCAGGGCUUGUUCGACGGGUACUAUCGCGGGUACGUGGAUGCCGUGUGGAAGAAGUACCAGUCGAUGGAUCUUGUGGUGAACAUGCAGUUUGCCGACUGGGGCAACGCCGUCGGUCGAGUCGAUGCCUCGGGCCAAGUGCUCACGUUUUCCGGCGGCGGAGGCAGUUUCGGCAAGCCGUCGGAGGCGGACAUCUUCUCGUGCGACUCGGGCCCGUUUGCGCACGGGGCGGGCGUGUCGGACAAGCAGCUGAACGUCGGGGCGAGGCUGGCGGCGGCGUUGAACAGGAGCACGUUGUUGCUGGAUGCGGCGGGUGGGCAUCCGGAGGGGGAGGACGUGAGCAUGUACUAUGGGGGGAGUGUGACGAACCACUAUGCGAGGAUUUGUCACGAGGUGAGUGUUGGGGGGAGGGGGUAUGCGUUUCCGUAUGAUGAUGUUGGGAGGACGGGGGGGACGGACCAGAGCGGGUUUUUGAAUGAUGGGGAUCCGAAGGUGUUGACGAUUGGAGUCGGGGGGCCUCUUUGA